CAACAAACACUGACCGUCAGUUACCUCUGCUGCACGGCGCCGCUCCGCAUCGAGCUGAGCUAUAAAAGCCUGGCGGGGAAGAAAAGACACUUUUGGUAGACCUUGAGACACGACAAGGAGGAGCACCGUGGCGUGAGAGAAGAGCGAUUUAUCCUCAAUGUUCAACCUGUUUGAGACACGAGUCUGCAAUUUAUGAGAAGCAGAAGAGAGAAUUUACACACCGAGAUUCAGUGAGGAGCUGGAGUUUGCUCGCGAGGUUGGGAAGACAUGGCAGUCUCCACUCAGUUGGGUCUGCUGCUAUGGAAGAACUUCACCUACCGACGGAGACAAACUAUCCAGCUACUUAUCGAGAUCAUCUGGCCCUUGUUCAUCUUUUUCAUCCUGAUAUCGGUCCGGAUAUACUAUCCUCCUUAUGAACAGCAUCAGUGCCACUUCCCUAACAAGGCAAUGCCAUCGGCUGGUACCCUGCCCUGGGUGCAAGGCAUCAUCUGUAACGCCAACAACCCCUGCUUUCGAAAUCCUACCCCUGGAGAGAGUCCGGGUGUUGUGGCAAAUUUUAAUGACUCCAUAAUCUCCCGUUUGUUCAGCGACGCCAAGAAGAUCCUGCUCUACACGCAGAACGAUAAGAGCUACGAAGGCUACAAAGGACUGCUGAGGGCCCUCAGGAAGCUGCAGAGGAACCCAGCUCGUUUUAAGCUCAAGGACUUCCUGAGAGACAACGAGACCCUUUCCCACUUCCUGCACCACAACGCCUCUCUUCCCCACCACGCUCUGAGGCAAAUCCUAGAGGCCGAUGUCAAUUUGGAGAAGGUGCUCACUAAAGGUUUUGGAUUCCACCUCCGAGACCUUUGCAACACGACGCCGUUGGAAGAGUUUGUUCACAUUUCUGACCAUAACGUGUCCCGGUUAACUCAAGAUAUAAUAUGCAAGUCAUCGGCUGACUGGCUGAACGAGGCCCAGACCCACUUCCUCUCCAAUCUGGACUUUCUAAAGCCGAUUCGGAGGGACGUGAAGGCGGACCCUAAGGUUGUUCAAGAAGUCUCCGCUGCAACCGACAACCUCCUGGAGAACCUGGGAGGGAUCGCUGUGGAGCUCGCCAGUAUGAAGAGUUGGAAGGAAAUGCGAAAGGAGAUCCUGUAUCUGACCGCCAAUUCCACCGGGUCUCCAAAGCAGGUCUACGAGGCCGUUUCGCGUAUAGUCUGUGGACACCCAGAGGGAGGCGGCCUCAAAAUCAAGUCCCUAAACUGGUACGAAGAUAACAACUAUAAAGCCCUGUUUGGUCACCACGGCAACGAUAGUGACAGUGACCCAGUCUCCACUUACGACAACUCUUCCACUCCUUAUUGUAACAACUUGAUGAAGAACCUCGAGUCCAGCCCCAUCUCCAGGAUGAUCUGGAGAGCUCUGAAGCCUCUUCUCAUGGGGAAGAUCUUGUACACCCCAGAUACUCCAGCAACACAGAGGAUCAUCCACGAGGUUAAUAAGACCUUCCAGGAGUUGGGUGUUCUGAGGGACCUGGGCGGGAUGUGGGAGGAAGUGAGACCCAAGUUUUGGAACUUCAUGGAGAAUAGUGAGGAAAUGGACUUGGUCAGGACCCUCCUUCGUAGCAACGCCAGUGCAACCUUCCUGAACAUCCAGCUCAGUGACACAGAGUGGAGCGUGUCCGAUGUGGCGCACUUUCUGUCCAAAGCCUCUGAGAGUUAUCGACCCGCAGGCUCAGCGUACACCUGGAGAGAUGUCUUCAAUGAGACCGACCGGGCCAUACGGACCAUUUCACAGUUCAUGGAGUGUGUGAACCUUGACAAGCUGGAACCAGUAGCUAAUGAGGAACGCCUGGUCAACAAGUCCAUGGGCCUGCUGGACAACCAGAAGUUCUGGGCUGGGAUAGUGUUUCCCGACAUCGCGCGUGACAACAGCACAGAUUUGCCGCCCAACGUCAACUACAAAAUCCGGAUGGACAUUGAUAACGUGGAGAGGACCAACAAGAUCAAAGACGGGUAUUGGGACCCUGGUCCCAGGGCGGACCCUUUCGAAGACCUUCGAUACAUCUGGGGCGGAUUUUCUUACCUGCAGGACGUCAUCGAACAAGGAAUCGUCCGAGCCAUCACCGGCACCAAGGAGAAGACUGGAAUCUACAUCCAGCAGAUGCCUUAUCCCUGCUACGUGGAUGACGUAUUCUUGCGUGUGAUGAGCAGGUCAAUGCCGCUCUUCAUGACUUUGGCGUGGAUGUACUCGGUGGCCAUCAUCAUCAAGGGCGUCGUGUACGAGAAGGAGGCGCGACUGAAGGAGACCAUGAGGAUCAUGGGACUUAACAAUGGCAUCCUGUGGCUGAGCUGGUUCAUCAGCAGUUUAAUCCCUCUGCUGAUCAGCGCAGGCUUGUUGGUGAUGUUGCUGAAGAUGGGCAACCUGUUGCCGUACAGUGACUCUGGCGUUGUGUUUCUUUUCCUGGGAUCUUUCGGCGUAGUAACCAUCAUGCAGUGCUUUCUCAUCAGCACCUUAUUUUCUCGAGCCAAUCUGGCGGCGGCUUGCGGAGGCAUCAUAUACUUCACUCUUUAUCUGCCUUAUGUUCUGUGUGUUGCCUGGCAGGACUACGUGGGCUUUGGCGCCAAAGUCAUAGUCAGUCUACUAUCUCCUGUGGCUUUUGGCUUUGGAUGCGAGUACUUUGCCCUGUUUGAGGAGCAAGGCGUGGGAAUCCAGUGGUCGAACUUACUGGCAAGCCCUUUGGAGGAGGACAGCUACAACCUGACCACCUCUAUCUGCCUCAUGCUGUUGGAUGCUGUGUUGUAUGGAAUAAUGACCUGGUACAUCGAAGCGGUGUUUCCUGGUCAGUACGGGAUCCCCAGGCCCUGGUAUUUCCCCUUCACAAGGACCUAUUGGUGUGGAGAGAAAGAAAACGAUAAAAUCAACGCUCCUCUGUCGAAAAAGAGCAACGCUGAGGCUGUGUGCAGCGAGGAGGAUCCCAGCCACAUUAAACCAGGCGUUUACAUAGAAAAUCUGGUGAAGGUCUACAGCCAUGGAAACAAGCUGGCCGUAGAUGGACUGUCCCUGAAAUUCUACGAAGGACAGAUCACAUCCUUCCUGGGCCACAAUGGAGCUGGCAAGACCACAACCAUGUCCAUCCUAACGGGCUUGUUCCCACCCACAUCUGGGACUGCUUACAUCCUCGGUAAGGACAUCCGCUCUGAGCUCAGCAACAUCCGACAGAACCUGGGUGUCUGCCCCCAGCACAACGUGCUUUUCAGCAUGCUGACGGUGGAGGAGCACAUCUGGUUCUACGCUCGCCUGAAGGGGCUUCCCGAGGAGACGGUGAAAGCUGAAAUGGAACAAAUAGUAAACGACGUGGGCCUGCCACACAAACGACGGUCCCGCACGAGCACUCUGUCGGGUGGGAUGCAGAGGAAGCUGUCGGUGGCUCUGGCUUUUGUCGGAGGUUCAAAGGUGGUGAUCUUGGAUGAGCCUACUGCUGGUGUUGAUCCGUAUGCACGCAGAGGAAUCUGGGAUUUGCUUCUCAAAUACAGACAAGGGCGCACCAUCAUCCUGUCCACUCAUCACAUGGAUGAGGCUGACAUCCUGGGCGACCGGAUCGCCAUCAUUUCCCACGGGAAGCUGCGCUGUGUGGGAUCCUCGCUGUUCCUGAAGACGCACCUGGGCACAGGCUACUACUUGACUCUGGUCAAGAGAGACUACGACUCGUCCCUUCAGUCCUGCAGGAACUCUGCCAGCACGGUCUCCUACAGCAAGAAAACAGAGAAGGAGGACAGUGUGUCAGAGAGCAGCUCAGACGCAGGUCUGGGCAGCGAACCAGAAAGUGAAACCACCACCAUUGAUGUCUCCCUCAUCUCCGGUGUGAUUUUCAAGCACGUCUCAGAGGCACGCCUGGUGGAGGAUGUCGGCCAUGAGCUCACUUACGUCUUACCCUACCAGUCAGCCAAGGACGGAGCCUUCGUCGAGCUCUUCCAUGAGCUCGAUGACCGACUGACAGAUCUGGGAAUUUCAAGUUACGGAAUAUCUGAUACCACCUUAGAAGAAAUUUUCCUAAAAGUGGCAGAAGACAGUGGAGUGGACUCUGUUGGGCUUUCUGACGGAGUGGUCCCGACCAGAACUCGUCGCCGCCGCCACGCGUUUGGGGACCACCAAAGCUGCCUGAAGCCCUUCACCGAGGAUGACUUUGACUUUAACGACUCUGAAGGCGACCCAGAAUCUCGUGAGACCGACUGGCUCGGGGGAACAGAUGGAAAAGGUUCAUCCCAGGUGAAAGGCUGGAGUCUGAAGAGACAGCAGUUUGUUGCGUUGCUGUGGAAACGAUUCCUCUACGCUCGCCGCUCCAGGAAAGGCUUCUUCGCUCAGAUCGUUCUGCCAGCUGUGUUUGUAUGCAUCGCCCUUGUGUUCAGCCUCAUCGUUCCUCCGUUUGGGAAGUAUCCCAGUCUGGCGCUGCAUCCCAGCAUGUAUGGAGAACAGUUCUCCUUCAUCAGUAAUGACAUUCCCGAGGAUCCUCACACCAACAAGCUUCAGCGAUCUCUGAUAGAAAAACCCGGAUUUGGAACACACUGCAUGGAAGGAGCGCCCGUACCGGACACUCCCUGCACGGCUGUGGAGGAUGAGUGGGCGAUCCCAGAAGUCCCAGAAAGUGUGAGCGACCUAUUCAUCAAAGGCAACUGGACCAUGGAGAACCCCUCUCCUCUGUGUGAGUGCAGCUGUGACAAACGCAAAAGGAUGCUCCCCGAGUGUCCUGCUGGCGCCGGCGGACUUCCGCCACCACAGAUGAAGAUCAGUGACACAGACACUCUGCAGAACCUCACCGGCAGAAACGUGUCGGAUUAUCUGGUUAAAACCUACGCUCAGAUUAUUGGCAAGAGCCUGAAGAACAAGAUUUGGGUGAACGAGUUCAGAUAUGGUGGAUUCUCCCUGGGAGCCAGAAGUUCUGACGUUCUGGCUCACAAAGACGAGAUCGAUGAGGCGAUAGUGCAGCUCAGGAGACGCUUCCAUCUGGAAAGAGGAACUGCAUCUGAUCGUUUCUUUCGCAGCCUCUCGGGUUUUAUCCAAGGACUGGACACCAAGGAUAACGUCAAGAUCUGGUUCAACAACAAGGGCUGGCACAGCAUCGGCUCCUUCCUGAAUGUGAUGAACAACGCCGUCCUUCGGUCGAGUCUCCCACCUGGAAAAGACCCCACAAAGUUUGGCAUCACUGCCUACAACCACCCGCUGAACCUCACCAAGGAGCAGCUGUCGCAGGUUGCGUUGAUGACGACAUCCGUAGACGUGCUGGUGUCCAUUUGCGUGAUCUUUGCCAUGUCCUUCGUCCCAGCCAGCUUUGUGGUUUUCCUCAUCCAGGAGAGAGUGACCAAGGCCAAGCACAUGCAGUUCAUCAGCGGCGUGCAACCUUUCCUCUACUGGCUGGCCAACUUUGUCUGGGAUAUGUGCAACUACAUCGUUCCAGCCACGCUGGUGAUCAUUAUAUUUGUGUGCUUCCAACAAGACGCCUACGUGUCCUCCACAAAUCUGCCGGUGCUGGCUCUGCUGCUGUUGCUUUAUGGGUGGUCGAUCACCCCUCUGAUGUACCCAGCCUCCUUCUUCUUUAAGAUCCCGAGCACCGCCUACGUGGUUCUAACGAGCGUCAACAUACUGAUCGGAAUCAACGGCAGCGUGUCCACGUUUGUCCUGGAGCUGUUCGGGAGCAACGAGAUCGGCGGUAUUAACGACAUCUUGAAGAACGUGUUCCUCAUUUUCCCCCACUUCUGCCUGGGUAGAGGUCUGAUUGACAUGGUGAAGAAUCAGGCCAUGGCGGAUGCCUUGGAGAGAUUUGGUGAGAACCGGUUCCGCUCUCCCCUUGCCUGGGACAUGGUGGGAAAGAACUUGUUUGCAAUGGCCAUAGAAGGUGUCAUCUUCUUCUUCAUCACUGUCCUCAUUCAGUACCGCUUCUGCUUCAAGGCCAGGUCAUCCACCAGCCACCUGAAGCCUAUCGGAGAAGAAGAUGAAGAUGUAGCCAGAGAGCGACAGAGGAUCCUGAGCGGCGCUGGGCAGUCGGACAUUCUGGAGCUCAGAGAGCUCACCAAGAUUUACAAGCGGAAACAGAAGCCGGCGGUGGAUCGGCUGUGUGUCGGCAUUCCUCCUGGAGAGUGUUUUGGUUUGCUGGGAGUGAACGGCGCAGGGAAAACCAGCACCUUUAAAAUGCUGACUGGAGACUCGCUCGUCACCAGUGGUGAAGCCUACUUGGCGAGCAAGAGUGUGACUACAGAGAUAGAUGAGGUGCAUCAGAACAUGGGCUACUGCCCUCAGUUUGAUGCCAUCAAUGAUCUUUUGACGGGAAGAGAACACCUGGAAUUCUACGCCAUCCUGAGAGGAGUACCUGAGAAGGAAGUCUGUGAGGUGGCGGAGUGGGGCAUCAAGAAACUGGGUUUGGUUAAAUAUGUGGACAAAGCAGCCGGCAGCUACAGCGGUGGAAACAUGAGGAAACUCUCUACUGCCAUUGCUCUCAUAGGAGGACCUCCGGUCGUGUUUCUGGAUGAACCAACUACAGGCAUGGACCCCAAGGCACGCCGAGCCCUCUGGAACGCCAUCUUAAGCAUCAUCAAAGAGGGACGAUCUGUCGUUUUGACGUCUCACAGUAUGGAGGAGUGUGAGGCGCUGUGCACUAGGAUGGCCAUCAUGGUCAACGGCAGGUUCCGCUGUCUGGGCAGCGUGCAGCAUCUCAAAAACAGGUUUGGUGACGGUUACACCAUCAUUUUGCGAGUGGCGGGGCCGGACCCAGACCUUCGGCCGGUGAUGGAGUUCAUCGAGCUGGAGCUGCCUGGGAGCACGCUGAAGGAGAAGCACCGCAACAUGCUACAGUAUCAGCUCCCCUCGUCCCUCACCUCGCUCGCCCGCAUCUUCUCCCUCCUCUCUAAGAACAAAGAGGCCCUCAGCAUAGAGGACUACUCUGUCUCUCAGACCACUUUAGACCAAGUGUUUGUCAAUUUUGCCAAGGACCAAAGUGAUGAGGACCACUUGAAAGACGUCCACUUGAACAAGCGGGAUGCCGUCGUGGUGGAUCUUUCACAGCUAAACUCUUUCCUAAUGGACAGCAAGACAAGGGAGAGCUGUGUGUGAAUGCACAUGAUCCUGGGGGAUCAUCGGACCACUAACCAGCGGGGAGAGACAAACUCUGUUCAUUUUUUUAUUUCCUAUUUUUUAGUAUUUUUUUAAUGAACGUCAUUCUCAGUGGACCUGCACCUCAUCGCACAGCCUGUUCCAAAGGCAACGACAGCAGGCGUCAGGACAGACACUGAAACAAUGAGAACUUCAAUGCAAAUCAAUGCAAGAAAUAUAAAUAUAUGAGUAUAUUAAUAUUGGAAGCUAGUCGUGUGAGGGUUGGAGACCGGUGCUUCUCCUUCACCUGGUGGACUGGAAGAAAGACGAUCGUUGACGUGGUGGAAGGAUUUUGACUGGAAGGUCUGGUUACUGACUUGAUGAUCAAGAUCCAGCUUUGGGGGGGGGGGGGUCUUUGGAGAAAUUAUCUUGAGCUUUUCAUCCUCAUUCCUCAAAGUAGUAAGCAGUAGUACGCGGGACGGUGUACAUGCUACUCUGUAGAGUUUGUGAUGUCAUUUCGAUCAUUCACUGCCAGCUGUUGAAAAACGAACGGACUGCGUUUUUAUUCAGGGUCAAGCCUCUAUUUCUAUUUGUUACCAAGUGCAGUUUUAUAAUGUAAAUGAUGGUUAAAAGAACAGAUACAACAACAGUGAAGAUCCUACUUUUGGUCACCAAUGUGCAAUCAUCACGCAGAUUUUUUACUAAUCCGAUAAAAUUUCCUUUUAACAUAUUUAGGUUGUUUUCUUGUUUUUUUCUUUGCGUAAUAAUCUAGACUGCUAACCGAGUUUUUCUUGGGGUCCUUAACAUUGUCCAGCACAGUGCCUGAAACUGGUGGAGAGUCAAAUCUGAGCACUCCAUUACAACACACACAUGUAGGUUGCCAAGGAAUGUAUCAGACCAACAUGUAUCAAAGCACAUUUUCUUUGUUGUUAUUUAGUGAAACAAAACUUUUCUUUUGUUCAUUUUAAUCGUCAGAUUCAAGAAAAAAAACCGUGGUUCUUUGAUGUUUGUUACUGGUUGUAUUCGUGCAGCCGUCUUUUAACGAAGGCUGAUCAGAAAGAAGAAAAGAGGACUCGAGUCUCCUCAAGUUCUGAUCUCUGUUUGAAGGUACCAUGGAAUUAUUCUGCAUGCUUUCCACUCGGCCGCACACGGUGAACGAUCAGUGCUUCUGUGUGUUUGUGCUACAGCAUGCUAUCGAUGUCCGUUUGCAGGAAGAUCUCGAAGCUCUGCUUUACUUCUGUUGGAUUGCUAGCCGAUGUUUUAGUGUGAGUCUAAAACCCAUGCUGUUGUAUUUUUAGGUCAAGAAACACAAAGUGUGGUUUUGGUCUUUGUGAGGGCAUGAUGGGAGAUUUUCCAACCUAAUCCAGUACCAGAACGGACAUGUACAGUAGUGAUUUAGUGAUGUUAACAGUGGAGUGAACUAAUGGUGUUUGUGCCAAAUGAAGCUGAAUCUUCUAAUUAACACCAAGGAGACAAUCGUUUCGUUAAGUUCAGCUUCAGAUCAUCCAUCAGCUCAGUUACAAAUAUUCUAAUCUUCUCGUUUUCAGCUUCUCGAAACUGAAACGGCAUGCACGUGAAAAAGUAGACGCUCUUACUCGUGCUUUAUUGGACUGUAAGUUCACUUUUUCCUGUGGAGACGUUGCCAAAGUCAAAUCUCGCUUGUCUACAUCUUCUAAGCUACGAAUCAACUGCUGAGACAUUUCGAGCAAUUGUUUCAAAGGAAGUCAAUCAGCCAGACUGAACAAAAGGACCACCGUGAUUAAAAUAGUGCUUUUAGUACUGUAUAGUCCAAAAGAACCAAUCAUAUCCAGGGUUUGGAAAGAUGACCGUUUGUCAUUUACAGGUGCUCCUUUUUGUGCAAAAUCUUUGAAGGGGUUUCUAUUAUCUCUGGGAUCUGCUAACUAUUACCAACUGAGGAUUUGAUUCCUCUUGAACCCCUUUUGAAUUUCAUUUUAGAAUUUUUUUUAGGUUUUGAGCACUUUAUAGGCUUAGUAGCCUUAAGUUUCCAGCAUUUAGAUGUAAAGUUUUGGGAAUGAAACGUGUGAAAACGAAUCUCUGCACUGGAAAACGGACAGGAGAAAAAAACAAGACCACGCCACUGCAGGGAGACAUUUGCUAGAAACUUGAAAUAAGAGCAAAAUCGUCUGUGAAUUAGAGAAAAAAGUGAGCAGCAGAGUGGCGUAAAAAGAGAAAUGUAGACCAGCACUGAAGUGGUGAUUUUUAUUCUCUUCUUGUUCUCAAUUAUAUUGUUUGUUUACAUUUCUAAGUAUUACAGCUGUUUGAGUCUGUUACCCAUUGUGCAUAGUUGUUCUUUACAUAAAUAAACAAUUCAUACAUUUUGAGAAAAAAAG